AGGAUGCAGCGUGCUCAGAUCAACUUGAGGACUCUCAAAGAUUAUUGUACUGACUGCGAGUGUCAGUGUGAGCAAUCAGAAACCUGAACUUUGAUCUUUAUGGCAGAAGCUGGUCCAGGAGCCUCAAGAAGCACCAGAAUGAGCUGCAAACCCUUGACUGGUGAAGACCUACGACUGAUGGAGAAGACCCUCAAAAGACUGGAAAGGCUUUCCGAGCUAUGUACGAACCCCCGCCUUGGCCUGAGGAACAGUCCACCAUUUCUGCCAGAUCUGGUUCGAGAGACUUCGACUUUGCUCACGCAGGUCUGGCUGCCCUAUCAAGGUGUCAGGACAGGAGGAGGUCUGGCUCCACGAGGGGAUGAGGCGAGAUACAUGAGAAUCCAUAUCAGAAACCUGCUGGAUAAGACGGACCGGGCCGUGCUGCUUUUCAAAGAGGGCCGAGAGAAGAUAUUUGAUGAGACAUCCAGCUACAGGAGGAAUUUGACCAAACUGUCCUUGCUGUUCAGUCACAUGCUGUGGGAGCUCAAGGCUAUGUUUCCAGGGGGAUAUUUUCAGGGUGACACCUACAAAGUGUCUAAGGUGGAAGCAGAUCAAUUCUGGAGGAAAUAUUUUGGAACCAUGUGUAUCGUGCCAUGGAGAAAAUUCAAAGAACAGUUGAAAAGUACACAUCCAUUUGAGGAAGGGAUGGAGGCCAUGGCUCUGAAAUCAACAAUUGACCUUACCUGUAAUGAUAACAUCUCAGUGUUUGAGUUUGAUAUUUUCACACGGCUAUUCCAGCCUUGGAAAUCACUUAUAAGAAACUGGAACCAGCUUGCUGUGACACACCCAGGCUACAUGGCCUUUCUUACUUAUGACCAAGUUGUAGGUCGGCUCGAAAACUACCUGCACAGACCUGGGAGCUUCAUCUUUCGUCUGAGCUGCACCAGAAUGGGUCAGUGGGCCAUUGGUCAUGUGACCACUGAAGGCGACAUCAUCCAGACCAUUCCACAGAACAAGCCUCUAUACCAGGCACUCAUCCAGGGCUUUAAGGAGGGCUGCUACUUGUACCCAGACGGCCGUGACAUGAACCCUGACCUGACAAGCUUGUGUGAACCAACCAGCAGAGACAAAGUCAAAGUUACAGAAGAGCAGUACGAGAUGUACUGUGAGAUUGGAAGCACUUUCCAGCUGUGUAAGAUCUGUGCAGAGAGGGAUAAGGACAUUCGGAUUCAGCCCUGUGGACAUCUCCUGUGCCAGCCAUGUCUCACGGGGUGGCAGCAGAAGUCAGCCGGCCACACCUGCCCAUACUGCCGCUGCGACAUCAGAGGGACCGAGUCCAUCCUCAUCGAGCCCUACAUGACAGGCCAUAGGUGGGGGGACGAUGAAGAUGAUGAUGAUUAUGAUGAUGAUGAUGAUGGCGAGGAGGAUCAUGAGGACAUUGAGGUGGUGGUAAAGGAAAUGGCUGCCCUCCGGAAGUUCUCAAGUUUGGACUCCCAGAUCAACAGUUCUCACCUCAGAGCUCCACCUUUACCCCCGAAAAACACCACUAACCCAGACUGCCCGUCUCCUAAGCCGUUUAGCAGACAUUCUCAAUCUUAUGAUGCGGCAUCUGAGAGACCAGAGGCGAACAGUUCCGGAUUCUUUGGCGAAGAAGAUUCUUCUUCUUCUUCCUCUCAAAAGGCUACAGACUGCGCAGCAGCAUGGGCUGGACCUUCCAGUCCAGUCCAAGAGAGAAGACGUAAAGAGACGGAGAGAGGCGCAGCAAGACUCAGAAAAGACAAAACUGGCUUCGGAGAAAUAACAAGAACUAUGUCCUCCUGAUUGAACAAACAGAACGGCAACAUCUGAAGUCUAGGAAAUGUUUAACAAAGAAGUAAGAGGGACCUGAGAUAACUUUUUCAUAAUAAGACUUAAGUGAAUGUAAAAAAAAAAAGAGGUGAGGAUAUCUCAUGUCUGAAAGGCCAUGCCUGCUGCAAACAGUUCUGAUCAGAAGUUUACAUAAACUCUUCAUCAACAGGAAUACUAUUUUCAUUGUGGGUUUUUCCUUAUUUGCUUAAAUUAUUUAUUUUCUGGUAGACUGAUAACACAGCAUACAACUGUAGUCUUUUUUUGAAACAAGUUUAGAUUUAUUUUUGGAUUGUCUCUUGUUCACUCAAUGUCAAGCAGAUAUAAAAAGGCUGAAAUAUUCACAUA